AUGGACGUCACGGUUCUCCGAGACCGUGUCCAGUCAACUCUGGAUGCGAAUACAAGUACUCGCCAACAAGCCGAGUUGGAUCUUAAAUAUGCCGAAAGUCAGCCCGGAUUCAUCAAUGCGCUGCUGGACAUUUUGCAAGGCGAGCAGAACAAUGCCGUUCAGCUGUCCGCCGGUGUCUACCUGAAGAACCGCAUCAGCCGCGGAUGGGCCCCAAUCGAUGAUAGCCCUUCGCGUGCCCCUAUUCCCGAGUCCGAGAAGCCUGGUUUCCGCGAGCGACUCAUCCCCGCCCUGGCGUCGGCUCCUCCCAAUUGGCCCGGCUUCCUGGAUCUCACCCUUCAACUCCUCGGUACCAACGAUGCGAACCAUGUAUACGCCGGUCUCCAGUGUCUGCUGGCUAUUUGCCGUGUGUACCGAUUCAAGGCUGGCGAGAAGCGUGAGGAGUUCGACAAGAUCGUGGAACAUUCGUUCCCGCAACUGCUCAGCAUUGGUCAGAAGCUGGUCGACGAGGAGAGCCUGGAGGCUGCGGAGAUGCUCCGUAUCGUCGUCAAGUCGUAUAAGCACGCUAUUUACUUCGAGCUCUCACCAGCUCUUCAGACCCAUCAGGCUACUGUAGACUGGUGCACAUUGUUCCUGCGGAUCAUUUCCAAGACUCCUCCGGCCAACGCCAUGGGUGAGUCCAAGGAGGAGCGAGAAAUGAACCACUGGUGGAAGUGCAAGAAGUGGUCCUAUGCCAACUUGAACCGCCUUUUUAUCAGAUACGGAAACCCCACUACGAUCACGAAAUCUUCCACGCCCGAUUAUACCCCGUACGCGAAGACCUUUAUCACCACUUUCGCCCCGGAAAUUCUCAAGGGAUAUCUGCAGGAGAUCGACAAAUGGGUGUCCAAGUCCCAAUGGCUCAGCAACCCGUCCCUUUCUUAUACUCUGGUCUUCAUGGAGGAGUGUGUCAAGCCCAAGGCGAUGUGGGACCACCUCAAGCCUCACAUGGAUAACCUUAUCGCCCACUUCGUAUUCCCUAUCCUUUGUCAGUCGGAUGAGGACAUUGAGCUGUUCGAGGAGGAUCCAUCGGAAUAUCUUCACCGCAAGUUGAACUUCUACGAGGAGGUUUCCGCUCCCGAUGUCGCUGCUACGAACUUCCUGGUCUCUCUCACCAAGAACCGCAAGAAGCAGACCUUCUCGAUUCUCACUUUCGUCAACUCAGUUGUCAGCAAGUACGAGUCCGCGCCCGAUGACCAGAAGCAGCCCCGCGAGAAGGAGGGUGCCCUCCGCAUGAUUGGUUCGCUUGCCUCCGUCAUUCUGGGCAAGAAGAGCCCCAUUGCCGACCAGGUCGAGUACUUCUUCGUUCGCCACGUUUUCCCCGAGUUCCGCAGUCCCCACGGUUUCCUCCGUGCCCGUGCUUGCGAUACCCUUGAGAAGUUCGAGCAGCUUGACUUCCAGGACCCGAAUAACCUGAUGGUGAUUUACCGGAACAUUCUGGAGUCCAUGACCGACCCUGAGCUGCCCGUCCGGGUUGAGGCCGCCCUUGCUCUUCAGCCGCUGAUCCGCCACGAUGUCAUCCGCACUUCUAUGCAGCAGAACAUCCCGCAGAUCAUGCAGCAGCUUCUCAAGCUUGCCAACGAGGUCGACGUUGAUGCUCUGGCCAACGUCAUGGAGGAUUUCGUUGAGGUCUUCUCUGCCGAGCUUACUCCCUUCGCUGUCGCAUUGAGCGAGCAGCUGCGUGAUACUUACAUGCGUAUCGUUGGCGAGCUUUUGGAACGCAACGCCACCAAGGGUGGUGACGAUGAUGGAUAUGGGGACUUCCUCGAUGACAAGAGCAUUACCGCUUUGGGUGUUUUGCAGACCAUUGGAACUUUGAUUCUCACCCUUGAGAGUACUCCAGACGUGCUCCUGCACCUUGAGACUGUCCUGAUGCCCGUCAUCAGCAUCACUUUGGAGAACAAGCUCUACGACCUGUACAACGAGAUUUUCGAGAUCAUUGACAGCUGCACCUUCGCAUCCAAGUCUAUCUCGCCUACCAUGUGGCAGGCCUUUGAGCUGAUCCACAAGACCUUCAAGGCUGGCGCUGAGCUGUACCUAGAGGACAUGCUGCCCGCUCUCGACAACUACGUCUCCUACGGCUCUGAGAUGCUGGUCCAGAACCCGGCCUACCUCGGUGCCGUCGUUGGUAUGGUGGAGGACAUCUUCCGUGACGACAAGGUUGGCGGUGUUGACCGUAUCUGUGGCUGCAAGCUCGCGGAGACCCUCAUGCUCAACCUUCGCGGCCACAUUGACCAGUACAUCCCGCUCUUCAUUGAGUUGGCCAUGGCCGUCAUUGAUGCCGGUGAGGCACGCACCAAGUCUUACCGCAUUCACCUGAUGGAGAUGAUCAUCAACGCCAUCUACUACAAUCCCCUUCUCAGUCUCCAGGUCUUGGAAGCUAAGGGCUGGACCAACAAGUUCUUCAGCUCCUGGUUCUCCAGCAUUGACAGCUUCCGCCGUGUCCACGACAAGAAGCUGUCGAUCGCUGCGAUCAGCUCGCUUCUCACCAUGAAGGCGGAGACCGUCCCCCACAGUGUUCAGCAGGGAUGGCCGAGAUUGUUGCAGGGUGUGACAAGACUCUUCCAGACCCUGCCUGCUGCUAUCAAGAUGCGUGAGGAUGCUACCAAGGAGUCCGACUUCACUCUCGAUGACGAUGUUGAUGAUGAUGACGAGGAGAACGACUGGGAUGGCGAGGUUGAGUGGAACGAGGAAGAGGUUGAGGGGGCCCUCGAAGGCGAUGUCCCCGACGAGAGCGCUGCCUAUCUCGAGUUCCUGAACAAGGAGGCCCAGAAAUUCGGCUCCUUUGCCGAUGAUGACGACGACGAGAUGGACGAGGAGAGUCUCCUAGAGACUCCUCUGGACAAGGUUGAGCCGUACGGCAUGUUCAAGCAUGUCUUCCUGAGCCUCCAGCAAGAACAGCCUCGGCUCUACGACAGCCUGACCAAGGUCCUCGGUCCCGAGGAGCAGCAGAUCAUCGAGUCCGUCUUCCACGAAGCCGACGCCAAGGCCUUGGUGGCCGCCGCCAAUGCGGAGGCUGCCGCUGCAGCAGGCAUUCCGACAAACGGCAACCAAUAG